GUACCGCAGUUUAAUACCAAAAAGCGGUUAUUUUUAGAAACUCAGUGUAAUAUGGGGAGUAUAAUAUCAUUGAAAACCUAAAUUAAAAGUGUAGUUGAAACUCUUCUCUUUCUAUUGUUUAAAAAUACCCAUCGGCUGCGUUUGAUUCAGGGAAGUCUUGUCCUUGCGAUGUGUCCUAAGGUCAACGUUGGCAUCCAGUUGUUUUUGAUAUGGGCUUAGUUCUAACGUUGCAACAUAGUGUUUCAAACACGAAAGAGGUUGAAACUUCCUCGAGUGGUCUUCAGCGACCUUCCAAAUUCGUGGACUUACAUCAUUUACCAGCAGAACUUGCACUCAAUGUGCUGUCAAGGUUGAAUGCUACUGAUUUAUACCUCGCCUCCUGUGUAUGGUAUGAUUUAGCUUAUGAUGAAGUAUUGUGGAGAAGUUUGUGCAAAGCUUCGUGGCCUUUCUGCUCGGCGUAUGAAAAUGGAGUAUUAAACCGUGAGCCAUCAUUUCGUCGGUUGUAUCUAAAAUUGGAUGAAGCACGCCUGACAUUUAAUGCGGACGCGUUCGAAGGCAUGUCGUACAUGUUCAAAAACCGUUUGGUCGAUGAUAAUGUGGACGACCUUGUGGCGUUUUUCCACAAUGCUGUUGGAUUGGAUCCACUACAGAAACGCAGAUAUCUGGAGACUAGACCACAGGUGUUAAGCGAACUAAUACAGUUGAAAGACUUCCGGAACCAUUCACUUCCAAAUGCCUUGCGGAACCUUUUUGCUGAAUUACCAGUGCUACCAACAGGACCUAGCUCAUCAAGUUUUAUCCAUCUACUGGUCAGUAUGUUUUCUGAGAGGUUUACUCAAUGUAAUCCAGGCCUCGGAAUGACAAACGAUGAGGUCUAUUUAUUGUGCUUUUCAAUGAUCAUGUUAUCUGUUGAUCUGUGGAGUCCGUCUAUAAAAAACAAAAUGUCUAAACGUGAAUUCAUUCGCAAUACAAGGCAAGUGGUAACCACGGUAUCGGAUGAAUUUCUGGGAAGUCUGUAUGAUAAUGUGUACAUCUUUGGACAUGUUGUGCUAAUUGACUGUCCUGGCCCUCCUUUUCGUCACCUUGGGGCAAAAGCAGUUCUUGCUAAAAACCAACUUUUGCCAUUGUAAGCUUUUUAAAUAAGGUAGUCAGCUUCCAUUCCACUAACUGUGAUUUAUUUCCCCAAUCUUAUGUUAUUUUGUAUUUGACAUUACAUUGUUGCGUAGAUUAUAACUUCUUUGUAUUGUAAUUUGUAUGUACAUCAUUGUGGUUUACUUCUUGAAAAAUUCAUUCCUGUACUACAGCUUUCAUGAAAAAUGAUUACAUGACUAGUUUUGUUUUACCGACUAUUGGAAAAAAUUCGCUACAGCCUUACAAAUAUGUGAUCAAACAAAAUGGUUUACAAGAAAGAAAACAUAAUUCUUAGUGAAAA